AUGUCGUUAACCAACUGUCGGUUUUACGAGGAGAAAUAUCCUGAGAUCGAUAGCUUCGUCAUGGUGAAUGUUAAGCAGAUCGCCGACAUGGGAGCCUACGUCAAACUCCUCGAAUACGACAACAUCGACGGCAUGAUCCUACUGUCGGAGCUUUCCAGACGUCGUAUCCGAAGUAUCCAGAAGCUCAUUCGCGUUGGUCGUAACGAGGUUGUCGUGGUCCUGAGAGUCGACAAGGAGAAGGGAUAUAUCGAUCUCUCGAAGCGCCGUGUUUCUCCCGAGGAUAUCGUCAAGUGCGAGGAACGGUACAACAAGAGCAAGAUGGUCCAUUCGAUUAUGAGACACGUCGCGGAAAAAACCCAGACGCCGAUCGAGACGCUAUACGAAAACAUAGCUUGGCCCUUGAACAAGAAGUUCGGUCACUCGAUUGACGCUUUCAAGCUCUCCAUAACCAAUCCGGAGGUGUGGAACGACAUCACAUUUACCAGUGACCCUGUCGCAGAGGAGCUCAAGUCGUACAUCGGCAAGCGCCUCACCCCCCAGCCUACGAAAGUACGCGCCGAUAUCGAGGUCACCUGCUUCGAAUACGAGGGAAUCGAUGCUGUGAAGGCCGCCCUGAGAACAGCCGAGGCAAGAAGCACUGAGGACAUCCAAGUGAAGGUGAGGCUCGUAUCGCCACCUCUCUACGUAUUGACGAGCACGUGCCUGGAUAAGAAUGUCGGUAUCGCGAUACUGGAGGAGGCCAUUGUGGAUGUUCGCAAGAGCAUCACGGGCACGGGCGGUAACCUGGUCGUCAAGAUGGAACCUAAGGCGGUCACAGACUCGGACGACGCGGAGCUACAGGCACUCAUGGAGAAGCGAGAACGCGAGAAUGCCGAAGUCAGCGGAGACGAAAGUGUUAGCGAGAGCGACGACAACAACCCCGAUACUGUGUAA